AUGUCUGCAAGCAGAGUGCUCGUCUAUCUGCUGCGCCGCGAUCUGAGAGUUUCCGAUAAUCCCGUUUUCCAUCGUCUUGCCACAGCUUCGGAUCAUGACUUUACUCACCUCCUCCCAGUCGUGGUCCUGCCACCCGAUCAGAUUGAGACGUCGGGCUUCCUCAGCCCUGGUCAAAUCUCUCCCUUUCCACUAGCCAAGAGCAAAGUCGGCAAAUUCUGGCGAUGUGGUCCUCAUCGAGCAAAGUUCCUUGCCGAAGCUGUUUGGAAUCUCAAAGACACCCUGGUCUCACGUCACAGUGGUCUCAUCGUCCGCAUGGGAGUACCAGCCGACAUCGUCCGCGGUAUUAUCCAACACAUCCAAUCCUCGGGUAACGCCGCUGUUUCCGCUGUCUGGAUGACCGAUGACGUUCCUUUCGAGGAGAGACGACAUCAAGAUGACAUCUCUGCCCUGUGCGACAGAUUCAGUAUUGACUUCACCCUCAUCCCUGACGAGAAGUAUUAUAUUGACGAUCGCGACCUCGACAUUGCAACCCAGGAGUUGCCGGAUGUAUUCACAACCUACCGCAAGGCACAAGAACCGCUACGCGACAAGCCUCGCCCCGUGUAUCCCAAGUCCAAGUCUCAUUUGCCUCCAUUCCCACCGGAGGCACUGAUACCGCCGCAGCCCAUGCCUUUCCAGGUUCCAGAUGAUCUCGACGGCUUUGUAAAAUGCUUAUCGAAACCCCUCAUCUUCGAGCUACCCAGUCCACCAAUCCUACCCAACGACGCCGAAUCUGCCCAUCCUUUUAUUGGUGGUGAGCAGAGUGCGAUGGAUCGCCUGCAGCAUUUGAUUAAAUCAGGAGCCAUGUCUUCCUACUCUGAUACAAGGAAUGGUCUACUUGGCCCUGAUUUCAGCACCAAGCUCUCCGCAUUCCUGUGCCUAGGCUGCCUAACUGCCCGGCAAAUACACAGUGAACUUGUCAAAUUCGAGGAUGGCACCGAUUCGCAGUAUGAAGAUGCCCCUGGAUACGGCCAAGGCGAAAAUAAUGGCACCAAGGCCAUUCGCUUGGAGCUUCUCUGGCGCGAUUAUAUGCGACUUUGCACCAAAAAAUUCGGCGUAAAGCUGUUUGGUGCGUCUGGGUUCCGACAAGUUGGCCAGUACUCCAAGAAAUGGAAGACAGCUAGCCCAGCCGUCGCCAGCCCAGGUCAAGAUCCUUCUCCGCAAAGAAUUUCUGAAAUGAUACAGCGAUUUUUACAAGGCGACACUGGAAUGGGCCUUAUAGACGCCUCCCAGCGGGAACUUUUCCUCACCGGGUAUACAUCCAAUAGAGCGAGACAGAACGUCGCCAGCUUCUUCGCAAAGCAUUUGGAUAUUGACUGGCGCUACGGAGCCGAAUGGUAUGAAUGCAUGUUGAUUGAUUAUGACGCUUCAUCUAACUGGGCCAAUUGGCAAUACGUUGCCGGCGUUGGCAACGAUCCGCGUGGUGAUGCCCGUAUAUUUAACCCCGUCAAGCAAGCUUUCGACUAUGACAAGCAAGGAGAAUACGUGCGCACUUGGAUCCCCGAAGUACGUGGCUUUGAAAACAUUGAAAAUGUGUUUCAAGCAUGGACGGCGACACGCGAGGAGCUCGAGAAGCUGAACCUGACCAACAACAUCAUGGUCACAGACCCGCUCAAGAAGAUAGAAUUCACCGUCGACCGCAAGCCCAAGUCACAAAGGCGACCAUUUGUCCGAGGAAGGGGAUCCGUAAAUGGACGAGGCGGGAGACGUGGCGGUGGUGGCUCAUCUGGCUUUGGUCGUGGAGGCAUGCCCAUGCCCAUGCCGGUGCAGGUUGUUCCCGCACCGAUGGAGGGUAUGGUGCCAGGUGGGCUUCCAACGGGUCUGCCGAUGUAUGGAGCAGCCGGUAUGCCAUACGACCAGCAAGGCUACGCGUGGAGCCCGCCCCCCAUGGGUAUGCCGCCGCCUAUGCAUCAUGGAGGGCCACCCCCUCACCACUGGGCUGCCAAUGCCGGUGCACCAGUGGUGAGCAGCGGCUGGGUCUCCGGAGGGCGGCCUGUGUUCAAUGAUUAUAACAACAUGCAAGGGGGAAUGCCGCCACCGGCCAUGCAAUACCGGGGCCGGGGCAACGGACGCGGCGGCUACCCACCCGGAAGAGUGCAUCAGGGCAGGGGAACAUACAUGCCUAACUAA